AUGCGAUCAAGUUCACAGUGCUCUGGCGGGAUACCUUGUAACCAUUGUGUUAAAAAGGGGACCACCUGCGUCAUUGAUGAGGAGGGCGAUCAACGUCGAAAACAGGGCCUGAAAAGAAAAGUCGACACUCUUCAAGAAAAAGGGAAAUUGCUAGAUCGACUGGUGUCUGUGCUUCAAGAAGCCGACAAGAGAUCCGCAGCGCAGAUUCUGAAUUUGAUCCGCAGCCAUGCCUCAUUAGACGAGAUUAAAGCGUUCAUGGAUGACAUUAUGAGACAACCGAAAUUAGAAAAAACGCCAGAGCUGGUAGAUGCCUGCAGUGGUGUUGAGCGGUGGCAUGAAUCGCAUAAAAGGACCAUGCUGGCUAGACCCGAUCCGAGGCAUCUCUCGGAUAUAGUAUUGUUCAACGUGCCUGCAGCUCCGUGGACAAGUGUCACUAGUGACGAUGGGUUUGUUUCCCAUCUCAUUUCAUUGUGGUUCACGUGGGUUCAUCCAUUCUGCAAUUUUCUCGACCGCGACCUUUUCAUUCGUGAUAUGCAGUCGGGGAACCUCGAGUCUCGAUUUUGUUCACCGUUCUUGGUGAACGCCAUCUUAGCAGACGCCUGUGCAUACUCGGAAUAUCCCGAGGCGUAUGCAGUGUCAUCACAUCUUUGGUCUCGAGGUCUACACUUCUAUAAAGAAGCGAAACGUUUGCUAGACGAAGCAACGGGUAAGGUGAGCGUGGCUUUCCUUCAAGGCCUUGGCGUCCUUUACGUCGUGACGUGCAUGGUCGGCAAGGAUAGGAAUGGAUGGGUCUAUCUUCAUCAGAUGGCAAAUGGCGUCGACGAGCUAGCACAAAAGCAUAAACUGCCGGGACGAAAUGCCGAUGAGGAAACCCGUCGGGAUGCAAGGGCCGUUGAAAGUAUGAUAUGGGGGCUGUUCAAUCUUGCCUCGAUGACCGCUGUGGCCUUUCAAAAGGGAUCACCGGUCAAAGUUCCACAUAUGCCGCGAUAUCUCUCACAACGCGACCCUCACCGCGACAAAUGGUCAAAUUAUCCCAUCAAGGCGGAGAAUACGGAAUCACACACUCAAUGUCUUUUCGAUGCGUUUUGUGAUCUGAGCCUCAUCACGCAUGAUCUCAGCUGGAGCGUACUCGACGGAAAGAGGCAGACGCUGACGACCGACUUGGUUGGGAUGAUAGAGAAUGCGUACAAACGCCUACGCGGCUGGUAUGAGGGGCUUCCGAGUUGUCUGGAGACAGAGAGCGCUACGCCGCAUGUUUUGAGUUUCCACCUCAUGUAUCAAACGAUCAUCCAAACAUUAUUCGGUCUAAUGCGGAACCUCCCGGCAAAGGAAGACAGCGACGACCGGAGUGAGGUUGAGAGUGAGAUUGAAGAUGAAAGCGAGCCUGACUGGAAAACACGAGCGCGCCAACGUGCUCAACAGAUCUGCUUGGAGGCAGCCCGAGAGAGCGGGCGACUCGCCGAUUUGAAUCGCGAUUUAUGGGGAUCGAAUAACGUACCUCCGGUCAAUGUUCACUGGGUAACAGUCGCCAUGUUCACCUUGCUCUCGGAGCUGGACGAGAAGGAGAACAGUGACGCCUUUGUCAGCUUGUGCGUGGCCGCUAAAUCCAACGCCAAUCUCUGGGCGCUUGGCAAGGGAACGCUACGAUUGGUCCAAGUAACGGCGAAACAGAUGGAAGUAACGCUGCCUCCUGAAACCGACGCCCUCUUCAUCGACUUUGAGACCCGAUUUUGGUCUGCUGAAGACCGCAAAGUCUUCAACAGCCAGUAUCCGAACUAUGGGCUCACGAUGAAGCGAGCUGAGAGGGAUGAGAUCGAGCUGGAUGCGUUCUUGGCUAAAUUUGAUGACCUGUAUGUGACUGAGGUUGCAGAGAAUGAGAGCACUCGGGAAUUGUUGCAUUCUCCGGGGAGCUCGGCGGCAGGGGAUGAGAUUCAAGGAGCGUCAAGCGUCGAAAGAUGA